AUGUCUCUCACCCUCAAACUCUCCUCACUGGCAAUUCGGACUCUCUCGAAGCCCAUUGCCAAUCAAAUCAAGGCACAGGCUCGCGAGCAUGAACGAUUCCGCACUCUAUGCGUCUCCAUGGCGCAGGCCCUCCAUCGAUUUGAUAUGCGUCUCCGGCUAGGAUCUCUGCGCGACACCGCCGCCUCACAACGUCAGGCAGCCGCCGAAGCGGAAGCCCGAAAGCACAAGCCCACCUCGCCGACGGUCAAAACAGAAUCCGCGUCCAAGGCAGAAGAAGCGGCCAACGCAAAAGCAAAAGCUGCGGCGGAAGAGGCCUCGAAGCCUCACAAAUACCGCAUCCGACCACUAUCCGAGUCCAAGGCCAUCGAGUCUGGCGCCAAUUUCAUUAGCGAGUCGUUUCUGUUCUUGGUGGCUGGCGGCUUGAUUGUAUAUGAGUCGUGGCGAUCGAGGCGCAAGGAGAGCACCCGGAGAGAGGGUGUGGAAGGUCGCCUGGUUGAACUUGAGCAGUCCGAGAAGACUGCGCGGGAGUCCCUGGUGGCCUUGGAGAAAGAGCUGUUGCAGCUCAGAGCCAAACAGGGAGAACAGCCCAAGUCGACGAAGCGUAUUUUGCCUCGUCAAAUAUGGGAGGACGAGCCGGAAUUGCAGGUGCAGCAGGUCCAAGAAGAAGGAUGGGUGUCGCGUAUUGCAUCCUAUUUCUCCUUUGGACAGAGUGCUGAGAAUACCUUCGAAUCUGCACCUGUCUCUCAACCUGCGGCAGACAAGGGUACUCCCACCACUCAACCUCCAGAGGCAUCUGCAGCACCCGAUCAAGGCCAGUCCCCAGCACCCAAGACCUCAUAA